AUGGCCAAGCUCAGCCAACUCCUGCUGGGCGGUACCGCGGCCCUAGCGCUGAGCGCUUCUGCCUCCUCGGGUACAGUUCCCUCAUCGACAUCAAUAUUGGCUACUGAGACGGAGCGUCUCAAUAACCAGAGCCUCUUCUGGGGACCGUACAAGCCCAACUUGUACUUUGGGUCUAGGCCCAGGGUACCCAAUGGCCUCUGGACGGCUCUCAUGUGGGGAGGUGUCGAGACGUACCAGCAGGUUCCAGAUAAAUUCCGAUUCACCUGUGAGCAGGGAGAGAUUCACGGCUACGGCUGGGACGAGUACGACCCCCGCGUGGGCGGUGUGCAGACAAUCCACGAUGACGGCAACCACCUCGACAUCUCGACGUCAUGGGUUAAGGUGCCCGGCGGCACGCAUGGCGGCAGCUGGGCCGUCAGGAUUAAAGGCGUGCCCCAGGAGGGAGCGCCCGCCGAUGUCAAGACCAAUGUGUACUACUACAUUGCGCAGGAGGGCGAUGGCGUGAGCGAAGAGAGGCAGCUGGCGGCCGUGGGAGAGGGUGGUGAGCUCGGGUUCGACGGUGAUGUGUCCUUCAAGGGCAGGUCCGAGGCCCUGGGCGACUUCAAGGUGACGGUCACCAAGGGCGAGGGACGCCACCCGACCACCAAGCACCCGCUGAGCGACAAGCUGAAACUGAGCGGCGACACGUCCGUAGUAAACAGCAUGGAUGCAAACGACAAUAUUCAGUGGCAGGCUAAGCCGGUUGUGUUCCAGAAGCUGCGCGAGGCGGCCGAGAAGUUCCAGGCUAACAUGGACCCUGAGAACCCGCCACCGCCGUGGUUGGUGUAUCGCGUACCUCACAAACCGGGAGAGGGCAACGUGCAGAUUGUGCAGAAGACAUUUUUGGGCGGCUUCGAGUUUGACGUCAUCUUCGAGUCUGGCUCGGCUGACAAGGCUAUAACGUCCGACGACGUCACGCGCGAGAUCAAGGCCGCCUCCGAGUCCUUCAACGAACGCUUCUCCCGUACCUUUGACAUUCAGCCGCCCUUUGCCAAUGACGAAAAGUACAGGACCUUUGGAAAGAGCAUGUUCUCCAAUCUAGCCGGCGGCAUCGGCUACUUCCACGGCCACCAGGUCAUUGACCGGUCCUACGCCGAGGAGUACGAGGAGGAGGGAGACCGUUUCUGGGAGGAGGCGGCGAGGGCGCGCGCCAGCAACAAGCCGACGUUUGAGGGACCCUACGAGCUCUUUACUAGUGUUCCGUCGCGGCCCUUUUUCCCGCGCGGGUUCCUGUGGGACGAGGGCUUCCACCUUGUGCCCAUUGCCGACUGGGACAUGGACCUGACGCUCGAAAUUGUGCGCAGCUGGUUCAAAACCAUGGACAGCGACGGGUGGAUUCCGCGCGAGCAGAUUCUAGGCGACGAGGCACGCACCAAAGUUCCCUCCGAGUUCCAGGUACAGUAUCCCAUAUACGCUAACCCGCCCACGUUGUUCCUCAUCAUCGAGAGCUUUACGGAGCGUCUGCGUCAGGCCAAGGCUGCGGGCGAGAGCGCCGAGACCAAGGCCGGAGGGGAAGGCGACCUGCGGACGGCGCACCUGGAUCACGUGGAGCUGGGCGAGGAAUACAUGAGCGACAUGUACCCGCUCCUCCGACGACAGUACGACUGGUUCCGCAAGACGCAGCGCGGCGAGAUCAAGGCCUACGACCGCGAGGCCUACUCGACCAAGGAGGCCUACCGGUGGCGCGGGCGUACCGAGACGCACAUCCUGACGAGCGGCAUCGACGACUACCCGCGUCCGCAGCCGCCGCACCCGGGCGAGCUGCACGUCGACCUCAUGUCGUGGGUCGGCCUGAUGACCAAGUCGCUCAUGAACAUUGCCAAGGCCAUCGGCCGCACUGAGGACGUCGAUGACCUGGAGCGGACGCUCGACGCCAUCACCCACAACCUCGACGACCUGCACUGGUCCGAGGAUGAGGGAUGCUACUGCGACGCCACAAUCGACGAGUUCGAGGAGAGCGUCCUCGUCUGUCACAAGGGAUACGUCUCCCUCUUCCCCUUCCUCGUCGGCCUCAUGAAGCCGGACGAUCCCAAGCUGGGACGCAUCCUCGACCUCAUCUCCGACCCGGAUCAUCUCUGGAGCCCCCACGGGAUCCGUAGCCUCAGCAAGCAGGAUGCCUUUUACGGAACGGGCGAGAAUUACUGGCGCAGUCCGGUCUGGAUGCCCAUCAACUAUCUCGUCUUGUCGCAGCUCAAGAAUACGGCAACCCAGGAUGGGCCUCACAAGGCCAAGGCGCGCGACAUGUACAACAGCCUGCGCAAGAACCUAGUGGACACGGUGUAUAAGAGCUGGGAGGAGACGGGCUUCGCGUGGGAACAAUACAACCCCGAUACGGGAGCCGGACAGCGCACGCAGCAUUUCACGGGUUGGACGAGCCUGGUGGUCAAGAUUAUGGCUAUGGAGGAAUUGGGCGAUGACGGUGACAAGCACGUGAGAGACGAGCUGUAA